AUGCAACUCACUUACCUCACCGCGGCUCUUGUAGCCGUCACCACUGCCCAUGCCAUUGACGCAUCAGCUACCCCUUCUUCCUCCGGCUCAAUCCCCAGCCCCAACCCGGACAGCAAGAUUGUCGACCAGGAGAUGUUCCCAACUUCAGCCGGCCAAAUUCUCCUCAAUCACGACAAGGAAUGCUACAUCGAGCUCACCGACAUCCAAGGCUGCACCGGCCGCUCCGAGCCAUUCGGAACCGUCAGCAAGUCCACCGGAAACUGCUACGACAAUGGCGCUUACCCUCUUGUCACCGACAUCUGUGACGGCCAGAUCUGGAUCUACACCCACGGCAAAGACAACGAGGAGACGAUCAUCCCUCCCCUGGGUAAGGGCGAGUUUGUUAGUGAGGGCCAGUUCUGGUUCAAGAACUCCACGGGACAUGUCAACGAGGUCCCAUAUAUUAUGGGAUACGUGAAGCCCGGAUGCGAGUUCCACGCGAAGCGCUAUGAUGGGGAUAAGUUGACUUGGACUGGCAGCUGCUAUGCUUAG